GAAAGUUGCCAUUGAGGUAACGCAGAGCUAGACGGUGGACUGUCGCCGCCACUGUGGGAGUUGUUGCUAUCAAAACUAACAUAUUUCCUCUUUUUUUCUCGUGAAAUCUAUUUUGGACGCAGGUUUGCAUCCAAAACUCAGCGGGGAAGUAAAUAUUUCUGUUUCUGUUGACCGUUAAACCGCCAGCUAGCGACCGCGCGAGUCAAGUGGGAACUCUUCACUGCAAUUAACUUGUGUGGAUUUGUUUCUGAUGCUCCGACUGAGAGCCGACAGUUUGCUGCUGUCUGUUUAUGGUCUACUGGCUUGAAUAUUUUCUUGUUUGUUUGUUUGGUCGUCUCUCAGUACUCGGAAUACAUCGGAUCCUACACAAAACAAACCCCGAAGUGAUUGCGGUGGCUCCAGUCUUUUUUAUUUCUCACCUGGUUCCUACCCUCCUCCUCCACCCCCCUCUCCUGUUAGCUGCCUCCAGCUAAUGAGCCGUUUCCCGUGUUUUUCCGGUUGAUUUACGGCCGCGUUGCCAGUGGAGCGCAGGAGAGACAACGACCGAAAGACGGCGAGAGACACGAGAGCAGGGGUUCACAUGAAAUAGUAGGUGAACUCGGACGGAGCGGCGGGGCGGUCAGUUUUGGUUGAAAUUAACGAGACUUGGUCCUGAUAAUAACCGCGGAUGGAUCCGUCUCCGUGAUCUGGAGAGCCCCAAAUCCUCACAGUAACUUACCCUCUUUUGAUCCUUCCAAACGGGGUUUUAAGAAGGCAGCGGUUGCAUCCUCCCGGAGAUAACAAUGUUUCCUCAGGGGCGACACCCGGCGCCCCACCAGGCUCCAGGCCAGCCCUUCAAGUUCACCAUCCCAGAGUCACUGGACCGCAUCAAGGAGGAGUUCCAGUUUCUCCAGGCACAGUAUCACAGUCUCAAGCUGGAGUGUGAGAAGCUGGCCAGUGAAAAGACGGAGAUGCAGAGACACUAUGUCAUGUACUAUGAGAUGUCUUAUGGCCUCAACAUCGAAAUGCACAAACAGACUGAGAUUGCCAAGAGACUAAACACCAUCUGUGCACAAGUCAUUCCCUUCCUCUCACAGGAGCAUCAGCAACAGGUGGUCCAAGCUGUGGAGCGAGCCAAACAGGUGACCAUGGCAGAGCUCAACGCUGUCAUCGGGGUACGUGGACUGCCAGGGCUUCCACCUACAGUUCUCCUCUCCAUAACCUCACAACUAAGAAGAGAAGCACAGCAGCAGCAGCAUCUAUCCCAUAACCACGGUGGAGCCCCGGUGCCCCUCACCCCUCACCCUGCUGGCCUCCACCCCUCUCAGCUGGGUGGUUCAGCUGGUCUCCUGGCUCUAUCAGGAGCACUUGGUGGUAUUCCUCCCCAUCUGAUGGGAAAAGAUGGUGGGGAUAAAAAGGCCCACCUGUCUGGACCAGACUCGCACCCUUCAGGACCUGAGCACCUGAGAGAACGAGAACCCGGCACAAGUAACUCGUUGCUGCCAGAAAGCCUUAGGAACUCAGAUAAGCGACGCAAUGGACCUGAGUUUUCAAAUGACACCAAGAAACGCAAGGUGGAUGACAAGGACUCCAGCCACUAUGAUAGCGAUGGGGAGAAGAGUGAUGAUAACUUAGUGGUGGAUGUCUCGAAUGAGGAUCCUGCCUCCCCCCGUGGCACGCCUCUACCCUCCCCUAGAGAAAAUGGCCUGGAUAAAGCACGCCUUCUCAAGAAAGACCCCUGUAGUCCAGCCUCUACUGCAUCAUCAGCAAGCUCCUCCUCCCUCAAAUCCAAAGAGAUGUCAAUGCGAGAUAAGGCAGGUACACCGGGGCUAAAGUCGAGCACGCCCACACCAAGAGGUGACUCUACACCUGGUCCGAGCUCUACUCCUGGAAUCCGGCCCAGUCUGUCAAAACCCCCCUCCAUGGAGAUACCACAUCCACCCACUGCAGGUUUGCGGACCCCCCUGGCUGUACCAGGCCCAUAUCCGGGUGCAUUUGGUAUGUUGCCCCACGCAGCAGGAAUGAAUGGGGAGCUAACUGGUGCUGCCGGGGCUGCGGCCUAUGCUGCCGGGCUACACAACAUGUCACCUCAGAUGAGUGUCGCUGCUGCGGCCGCUGUGGCUGCGUAUGGCCGUUCACCCAUGGUUGGUUUUGAUCCUCAUCCUCACAUGCGAGUUCCUGGAAUGCCGCCCAGCCUAACAGGAAUCCCUGGUGGCAAACCUGCUUACUCCUUUCAUGUGGCGGCCGACGGGCAGAUGCAGCCCGUACCGUUCCCCCCGGAUGCCUUGGUAGGGCCAGGGAUUCCUCGCCACGCCCGUCAGAUCAACACACUGAAUCAUGGAGAAGUGGUGUGUGCCGUUACCAUCAGUAACCCCACCCGACACGUUUACACAGGAGGGAAAGGAUGUGUCAAGGUCUGGGACAUCAGUCACCCAGGAAACAAGAGUCCAGUGUCGCAGCUUGACUGUCUGAACCGAGACAACUACAUCCGCUCCUGCCGUCUCCUCCCUGAUGGUCGGACGCUGAUUGUGGGAGGCGAGGCGAGCACGCUGUCAAUCUGGGAUUUGGCCACACCCACUCCCAGGAUUAAGGCAGAGUUAACAUCAUCAGCACCGGCAUGUUACGCUCUGGCCAUCAGCCCGGACUCCAAGGUCUGCUUCUCUUGCUGCAGCGAUGGAAACAUUGCAGUCUGGGAUUUACACAACCAGACCCUCGUUAGGCAGUUCCAGGGACACACAGAUGGAGCCAGCUGUAUUGACAUCUCCAAUGACGGCACCAAGCUGUGGACCGGAGGCCUCGACAACACUGUGCGUUCCUGGGAUCUGCGAGAGGGACGGCAGCUGCAGCAGCAUGACUUUACAUCACAGAUCUUCUCUCUUGGCUACUGUCCGACAGGAGAGUGGCUUGCUGUGGGAAUGGAGAGCAGCAACGUCGAGGUCCUUCAUGUCACCAAGCCCGACAAAUACCAGCUUCAUCUACAUGAGAGCUGUGUUCUCUCCCUGCAGUUUGCCUACUGUGGUAAAUGGUUUGUGAGCACAGGAAAGGAUAACUUACUGAAUGCGUGGAGAACACCGUAUGGAGCCAGCAUAUUCCAGUCUAAAGAAUCAUCCUCGGUGCUAAGCUGUGACAUAUCUGUGGACGACAAGUACAUCGUCACCGGCUCAGGGGACAAGAAGGCCACUGUUUAUGAGGUCAUCUACUAAAAAUAUGGAAAGAAAGCAUGGACCAAUGUUGUUUUCCCACACACCUGAUACAUAUUUUUCUAGAAAUGUUUGCUUGGAGACAGAAAUCGCGGACAGGAGUGAAUUUGAUGGCGCCGCCUUUGUUUUUCUGUUACAUCUACCGAGGAGACUAACGUUCUACAUGCACACAUCUAUCGUGCCUGUAUACAUGACUCCCAUAUCAGCUGGAAAUUAACUGGAGCAGCUGGAUGUUAAUGGAAGGAGAGGAACCAUUUGGACGUUCUUGUCUCUACUGCUUUGUGCUACGGACUGCACUGGGAUCAGUUACAGGGGCCAGAUAAUGACUGAACCAAAGACUGAGACCAGCUCUUCUGGAGAACACUGUACUGAACAUCCGAUUUGAAAACACACUUUGAUUCAGUGCCACGACCAGGGGCAGAGACCCUAGAAGGAACACUCAAACCAGAUGUUUCGUUAUGUAAACAAAGAGGAAAAUGUGGAUAAAAACUGACAAAAUAUUAGAGAGACGGAAGAGGAGAAGCAACAUUUUAGAGACAGUGAAUGCAGACAUGCAGAACAUAUUGGUUUGUAUUUUGUUCCAGACAAUGCUCACAGCCUGUUGAUCUCUCAGCUGUGACUCCCUGACCUUAGAACCUCAGCUUGCUGUUCUGAUAACGCCUACACUGUCUGAAAAGUACAUUUUCUGUCUCAACAGUAAGUCCAAUCCUCACUAACUGCACUGUAGUGAUAGCUGUCCACCUACACGCUUAGUACACACAAUUACAGGCCAUGUUGACUUGUCCAGCAUCACGCUGUUGUCAAUUUCUGUGAUGGUUUAGUUGGAUCCUCAUGAGGUACCCAUUUCAUAUGCCACCAAAAGCCAUUUAUGUACUUUGGAGAAAUAUUAGCAAGAUGAUUUCCCUACCCUUUCACACAGCUGUACUCCACAAGCAACACAAGCUUUCAUACUGGAAUUUCUUUUGACUUUUUAGCCCCUUACGCUCUAUACUAACAGUAACUGAAGGUGUUGAUGGGGUUCCCAUUAGCAGAAGGAGCCUUUCUUUAUUCAUUAUAUUACUGAAAAAGAUUUCAGACAGUAUUGAUAAUUGGUCAGCUGGGUAGAGCUUCAGAUAGCCUUUUGGAUAUGGUGUUGCUGAAAUCAAGACAAGGCCCUUGCUGUCAAUUUUAAUGCAAUUAUUCGGUUGUGGUCUCUUUUACAGUACAUUCAUUGGUUUAUCAUAAUGAAUUAAAUGAAGGGGCUUGGAUUAAAUUUUCCCCCUUAAUUUUACAUAAAAAAAACAACCCUUUGAUUCCUGUCUUUACUGUUGCAAAUGUACCCCAACCCUGCCUUUUAUCAGUCUUUAAAACACAUGAUAUCAGUAUGGGUGGCUAAUCAGCUUUAUGGGACCGGGACCAGCUAUACUUCUAAAAGGAUCUUGAUAGGUUUUAUUGAUUUUAUGUUUAAACAAGUGAAAAGUCCUUUCUUCCAUUUUCACUCAACAAAUGUCAUCUUAAAAACUGCCUUUUUAAAAUACUGUCAUUUGUUCAUGCUAAUAUUGUUGAAUGUGGGACAUUUGUGAAUUUGCCUUGAAAAGUACAACAGUGUCAUGUUGUCUUUUGACUUUACAAAUGAGAUUUAAGAUUACAAGCAAGAUUAAAUUAUUUGUCAAGGUAGUCUUAUAGAGAAGGUUAGUGAAGGUUCAGUUGUAUUUCAGCUUCAGGAAGGAGUUGGUCAAUUUCAGCCAUUCAAUCUCAUUAUUUUCAUGACCUUGUGUUUAUUUUUUUUUUGUCUGUUGAAUGUUUGUACAAAUGUAUAUAUCUUUGUUUUUGUUUUGUUUUUUCUUACAGGACAUGCUUUAGAAAUGACAAACUGUUUUUGUACAUCUUUUACAUGGAAAAGAAACCUCUAAUCAGCAGAAAUACUAAAUGGUCUUAAUGCUAGCUAAUCUAAAAUGAUUGAAAUAUCUAGACAAUAAAUGGGUUUUUUUUGUAA